ACCGGCGUCGUGGCGCGUCUCUGGCGUAUUUCCUGUGCAGUUGACAGUGGCGACUGGCGACUGGCGACUGGUGUUGGUAUUGGUAGUGGUGGUGGUGGUGGUGGUGGUAAUCUGUGAAGAUAACAGGUCGGCUGAAAGCAGCGGCGAGCCCUCCCGCCCCCUCAUCGUGGUCAUGUCGGGCAUUCUGAAGGGCUGGUUCAGCCGCAGUCUGGUGCACCCGCGGCCGAGCCGGGAGCUGGCGACGCCCCAGCUUCAGAUCGGGCUCCCCACAGACGUUACACACACCAUCAGUGUGCAACGGACGGAAGAUGGUGGUCUGGCCGGCCUGCCCGACGCCUGGAAACGGGUCAUUGACGAGUUCAUCAGCAAAGAUGAACAAAAGAAUAAUCCUUCUGCGGCCAUCAAUGCACUGAAGUUUUAUGAAUAUAAUAAACAAAAGAAGAAAGAGCCAUAUAAACACAUACAUAUAGCCAAUGAAGAGGCGAUACAGGAUGAAUCUGAAGAAAUGGACAAUAUAUUGGUGGACACUGUGCCACCUACGGAUCCCGCCCCGCCGGAGCUGUCAACGAUUACGUCCGACGGUAUCGCCUCGUCCUGUCUCAUACCAACAUCAGCAAAACGAUCCCCAAAACCGGUGCCGAAGCCCCGCCGCCAGGCCACCCCGCUCACGGACGAAGAGGUGUAUGAUCAGCUGCGACUGAUGUGCAGCCAGGCGACACUCGAGGACCGGCUGGUGAUCGACAAAACGCUCGGAUCGGGUGCCUCAGGAGUGGUCAGUCUGGCCACCAACAGAGCCACCGGAGACCGGGUGGCGGUCAAAGACAUUGACCUGCAGCGGCAGCCGCGUCUAGCGCUGCUCCUCGUAGAGAUCGAGGUCAUGCGCGACAUGAAACACCCCAAUCUGGUCAACUUCCUCGAGGCGUACCUCGCCGACCGGCACCUCUACGUGGUCAUGGAGCUGCUAGAGGGCGGUGACCUGACUGGUGUGGUGAGCACCACAAGACUCAAGGAGCCCCAGAUAGCGGCCGUCUCAAGAGAGGUCCUCAAAGGUCUCCAGUUUCUGCACAACAGGGGCGUCAUUCACCGCGACAUAAAGUCUGACAACGUCCUCAUCGGGAAGGACGGUUCUGUGAAGAUCACAGACUUUGGCUUCUGCGCCAGUAUCCAGGGCAACGAGAAGCGACAGACCCAGGUCGGCACGCCCUACUGGAUGGCCCCGGAGGUGGUGCUUCGUAAGCAGUACGGCAAGAAGAUCGACGUCUGGUCUCUGGGCAUCAUGGUUAUCGAAAUGAUCACCGGAGAGCCACCCUAUCUGGACGAGGCGCCUGUGAGGGCUCUCUAUCUGAUCGCCACUCUCGGCAAACCGCGUCUGCCAGCUGGCACCAAGAUCUCCGGACAUCUUCGGAGUUUCCUGGACGCGAGUCUUACCGUUGACGUGGAGAAGCGCGCCUCUACCGAUCACCUGCUGACUCACUCGUUCCUCAACUGUGCCGGCGACGCUAAGGCUGCGCUGAAGGCCAUCAGUGCCCUGGCUCUGGCUGCCAAGAAGUAGCAGGAAAGAGACACGGGGGAGAGACAACUGUGUGCUUGACCUGAGCCAGCCGAGCUCCAGGUGACCUAACGGCUGAAAAGCUGUCCCGAAAUGACUUGGGCUGGUUUCUGGUGGUGAAGUGCUGUUCACAGAAUCGUUUGUAUCAAAUGUAUGGUGGCCAGUGACCACUGUUAUGCAAGACUAUUAAACGUUACUCUGCAUAUGCAAUGAUAUCCAUAGGUAAAAAAGUAUCAGCAAUCUCAUUGAUUUCGUUGUCUUGUCGUUCGCACAUUUCAUUUUACUUCAAAACCAAGCUGCCACUUUAUCAAUCCGAAUGUUUUUAAAUAUCAAACAUGUUGGUAGCUCGAUAUUGCAGAAGAAUUGCUGGUCAAGAGAGUCGUGUGCCUUCAAAGUAUGAUCAGGGAUAGACGAAUAAAUCCCCGAUUCCUUUUAGCGUCCUUAGAGCCGUAAAUGAAACGUGCCGAGGGCACUUUCAGCUCCAGUCAUCUUCUCCCAAUGAAUAUGGUUGAAAACACAGCGAAUCCUCGGUAACUAUUUAGUUAUAAUGUGUGUGCAUGCGGCUGAUUACACUGUCCCCAUCCAUUGCUAAUGGUGGCAGCAUCAGGACGCCUGUUCCGUGCCAUAAGACGCUCCCACAUUUGAAUAAACCGUGUAGUUCCUCGAA